AUGGGGGGCUGGGGACACAUUGGGGUGGCACAAGGACCACGCCCAGCAUCCCACAGCAGGAUCGAGACGCUCUGGCUGCCCCCCGGCAGGAUGGGGGACCCCUUCGGCCGCUGGAGCAGCAGCCCGUCCCGGAGUGAAUAUGACGACAGGAGCCCGCUCCGACGUUCCAACAGCUUCGUCCGCCUCACCGGGAAAACCAUCUACAACCAGCGCAAGGACUACGGGCAGACCCUGCUCAAGCUCCAGAACGAUUUCCAGCACCACGUUGAGCACCUGCUGACGAUGCACCUGGAGCGGGAGCUCCGCAGCGCCGAGGAUUGCCUGGGGCGCCUGAAGGAGCUGGAGGAGCAGGGGCGGAUCUGGGGGCAGGAUGUCAUCCUGGAAGUCAAGGACCAGGAGCUGGUGCUGAGCGAUGUGGAGAGCAAGGAGGAGCUGGAGGCUUUCCCGCUGGGAAGCGUGCAGGGAUGCUCGGCCGGCCUGGGCAACGCUGUGCUGGCCGUCCGCGUCCAGGAGCGGAGCCCGCCGAGGAGCAGCGUGCUGCUCUUCCAGUGCGAGCGGCUGGGGGCAGAGACGCUGCGGAGCAGCCUGGAGAAGGUGCUGAGGCAGAGGAAGGAGGAGCAGAGCGAUCACCACGGGCACAGGUACGGCGGACCCCACAGCCAUCCCCGGCAUCGCCCCGCUCCCACCCCGUACCCCCACCCCGCACCGCCCCCCACGCUCAGCUCACCCUCUCCUUCCCCAUCCCGCUGGCCCCGGAGCAGCCCGGACUCGCCACCGAGCCCGGCCCCGCCGUACGCGGCCCCGGAGCGCUGGGCAGAGUCCCCCGAGCCCGACCCCUACGUGUUCCCCCGGCGUGGGGCGUCCCCCCAGCGUGGGCUGCUCGCCUCGGACUACCGUGAGUCUCGGCCGGGGAGGGAGGCACCGCACCGUGCCUCAGUUUCCCCAGGAGCGGGGCUGAUGCUGGGGACUCCGGUGCCACCAGGUGCGCCGGACGCCCCGCGGAUGGCACGGCCCCGAGCCCCCGCCCAGGCCGUGUCCGAGGCGGAGCGAGAUGUUGAGAUCCUCAACCACGUCCUGGGCGACCUGGAGCUCUUCAUGGGCCGGCUGCAGGCGGCGCUGAGCUCGGCCAGCACGAAGAAGAAGCCGAAGAAGCCAGGUAGGAAGGGAGGGGGGGUCCCUGGGGGGCUGCUCGGGGCUCUCCCGGUGCCAGCCCCCGGCUCUGCCCCUCCAGCGCUGCCCCCAAGGGAUGAGUACACGGAUUUCUUCCAGAAGGUGAAAUACGCCCUCAACCUCUUGGGACGGAGCCACCUCUACGUGACGGACCCCGACCCCCUCGAGCUGCUGCGCCUCAUCUUCUCAGCUCUGUCCUUCGCGCUGGAGCACAGCCCCAGCCCCGGCCUGGCCCCGGCGGUCCGGAGCCCGCUGCUGCUGCCCGAGGCGCUGCAGCUCCUCGAGGAGAGCCUGGGCGACGAGGACUACGGCGUCUGGAAGAGCCUCGGCACCGCCUGGAACAAGUCCAGGGCCGAGUACCCCGAGAGCGCCCCGGUGCCCGCCUACACGCCGGUGUUUUCGGACGGGUGGCUGCCCCCCGUGAUGGAGCAGGAACGCCGCGGGGGCCUCCAGGACACCCCAGCGCCUGCCUCAGUUUCCCCAACUCCCUUGCGCCGCCCUUCCCCGUCCCUGCCCCCCGCGCAGGCACCGGCCCCCGCCUGGAGGGACAAUCCCAGCCGAGAAUCCCCCCUCCCUGCCCAGGGGCUGGUCCGAGCCCUGUACGACUUCCAGGCUCGCAACUCGCAGGAGCUGAGCGUCAGGAGGGGGGACACGCUGCAGGUCUUGGACCAGCAGAGGAAGUGGUGGCUGGUGCAGGACGAGCGGGGGGACAGGGGGCACGUCCCCGGCAACAUCCUGGAGCCCGUCCCGGAGCCGGGGCGCAGCGCCUGGCAGGACAGUCCCCCCACCCUGCAACCCAGCUCCUCGCCGGCGGAGGUGACGGCCUGGCUGAUGGACAAGGGCUUCUCGCGGAUAACGCGCGUGGGUCCGUUUGGGGCGGGGGGCGAGCCCGGCUCACCCCGGCCCGCCCGCAGCACGGUGCGGACCCUGGGGGUGCUGCGGGGCCACGAGCUGCUGCAGAUGAGCCCGGCCGAGCUGCGCGGCGUCUGUCCCGAGGAGUGGCGGAGGGUCCUCUUCAAGCUGUCCCCCAUCCGGACAUCCCUGGGGAUCGGUCCCAGGGACUGA